AUGACCCAAGAUCAGACCACUAAUACCCCAAAUGUGGUCGUACCGGCGCCUCACAACCCCUCGCACGAGGAGCAUCAGUACCUCAACCUGAUUCGCGACAUUCUUGCCCAGGGAGAACAUAGACCAGACAGGACAGGUACCGGUACCAGAUCCUUGUUUGGCCCACCACAACUUCGAUUCUCCCUCUCCAAGCCCAACCCAGACGGCGGUGCUCCAAUUCCCGUUCUACCCCUCCUUACCACGAAAAGAGUCUUCUUGCGCGCCGUGCUCGCCGAACUUCUCUGGUUCAUUGCAGGCACUACAUCCUCCACGCCUCUCUCCGAAGCUGGUAUUAAGAUCUGGGAUGGAAAUGGCAGCCGCGAGUUCCUUGACAAAGUUGGCCUCGGCCACCGGGAGGAAGGUGACCUGGGUCCCGUAUAUGGAUUCCAGUGGCGUCAUUUCGGCGCGGAAUAUGUUGAUGCGAAGACGGAUUACACAGGACAGGGCGUCGAUCAGCUGAAAGAAGUAGUGGAUAAGAUUAUGAACUCGCCGUUUGAUCGUCGCAUCAUCAUGAGCGCGUGGAACCCAGCAGAUCUGAAGAAGAUGGCCUUGCCGCCCUGUCACAUGUUCGCACAGUUCUACGUCUCUUUCCCGCCCACUAUGAAGCUUGAUGAGAAUGGUCGCCCUAACGAGAAGGGAACCUUGUCUUGCCUGCUUUAUCAGCGUUCUUGUGAUAUGGGUCUGGGUGUUCCGUUCAAUAUCGCUUCUUAUGCCCUUCUUACACAUAUCCUUGCUCAUGCUGCAGACCUGAACCCUGGCACCCUCGUUCACACUAUGGGAGAUGCCCAUGUUUACCUUGACCAUGUUGACGCGUUGAAUGAGCAGCUCACUCGUGAGCCUACUGAGUUCCCCGAAUUACGUAUUAAACGUGAUGAUCGCGGUAGCGCUGUGAUUGACGGAUGGAAAGAAGAUGAGUUUGAAAUUAUUGGCUACAAACCUCACAAGAUCAUCAAGAUGAAGAUGAGUGUUUGA